AUGGCCUUGACAGCGUUAUUGGCAUUGCUGAUCAGUUUUUGUAUUGUACUAGCCCCUACAGCCUUCCUUAUGACUGUUUGCAUCUAUCUCUGGCAACUUCGAUGGAAUCGAAAGGGAGACAAGAGUUGUCAUCUCCUUCUCCCUCCAGGAUCGAUGGGGCUUCCGAUAGUUGGUGAAACAUUCCAUUGGUUCUUGCAGGGCUCUGGUUUCCAUGCCUCCAGAAGGAAACAGCAUGGGAAUGUGUUCAAAACCCACUUGCUCGGCCAGCCAGUCGUGCGUGUCACUGGUGCAGAGCACCUACGUCAGUUGCUGUUGGAAGAGCACAAUUUGGUUGGUGUUAAUUGGCCACAGAGUGUCCAAGCGAUCCUGGGAUCCAGCAGCCUGGCAAACUCCAUUGGGAAAGUCCAUCAACACAGGAGGAAGAUCUACGCUCGGGUUUUCAGCUAUGCUGCUUUGGAGAGUUACUUGCCACGAAUCAAGGAGGUGGUGGUGGAGACAGUGAGAAACUGGUGUGCCAGGGAAGGCCCUAUCAGGGUUUACCCAGAAAGCAGGAAGCUCACCUUCCGUAUAGCAGUGGCUGUUCUGCUGGGAUCGUCACCGGCUGAGGAGAAGAUGAUCGAUCUGCUCACCACCUUCGAGCAACUUACCAAAAACAUUUUCUCCUUGCCCCUGGAUCUCCCGGGCUCGGGAUACAGAAAGGGUAUACAAGCUCGGAACAGACUGCAUGAAUACUUUGGAAGGGCCAUAGAGGAUAUGCUUCAGUCUACUCCUGAAUAUCCAACAGCACUUGGCAUUCUGAUACAGAGCAGCAAAGAACAUGGGAUGGAUAUAAACACGCAGGAACUGAAGGAGGCGUUGGUGGAGCUGAUGUUUGCGUCCUGUUCUACAACUGCCAGUGCGUGUACGUCCCUUGUCCUGCAGCUGCUGAAGAAUCCAGAGAUCCUCGCCAAGUUGAGGUGCGAUCUCCAGGCGAAAGGAUUCCAGUCUGAAAAUGCAGCAAUGCUGCGUCUUAGUGAAUUCAGCCACCCGCAGUACCUGAGCAAUGUAAUCAAGGAAGUGCUGAGGCUUUUGCCCCCUGUAUCAGGGGGGUAUCGGGUGGCACUGCAGACCUUCGAGCUGGGAGGUUUUCAGAUUCCCAAAGGAUGGAGUGUCAUGUACAGCAUCCAAGACACACACAACACCGCCCCUAUAUUUCAACGGCCCGAAAUAUUCGAUCCAGACAGAUUUGCUAAUGGCCUAACAAAGGGCAAGGAUGCGCGCUUUCAGUACCUGCCGUUUGGUGGAGGCGUUCGACGUUGUCUUGGCAAAGAGCUUGCCAAACUCAUCCUGAAAGUCUUUGCCAUUGAGUUAGCCAAUAGCUGCCACUGGGAGCUGGCCACUCGAACGUUUCCCAAGAUGCUCUUGGUGCCAGUGGUUCACCCAACAGAUGGGCUGAAAGUACAGUUUACAGCUCAGCUCCACAAAAAAAGUGCAGCUACUGAGGUUAAUUUGGAGUAG